AUGACAAUCUACGUCACGCAUAACAAAAAGAGCCUGCCUUCUUGGCUCAGUUGGCAGAGCGUCUGCCUAGCAUACAUCCAAUGCUAUUGCAUGUUCCAUACAUAUUUUUAUCCUAAGCCAGAUAAUAUUGUUGUAUAUGUUAUAGUACAAGAUGGCCUGAUGAUAAAAGAAAAGACAUACCCAAUUGCUACAGCACGGUUAAUCAUGCUAGAGCGGUGCCUUGACCGAUUGGAUAGGUAUAAGAAAGCUGCAACUGUAUUUGAGAGCGUUGGUAUUGGCCCAGCGGAAGACAUGAAACAGUUGAAGAAAGGGUUUGAUCAAAGGCCACAAGCUUGA